CUAGCGAAACGAAACCGAGCACGGUUGUAGUGUAGUCGCAUAUCGCUGAGAGCGUUUUCGGGUUCGCGUGUAUCAGUCAGUCAGAUUGCAGCAUUGGUCGUAUCGAGACGUGACAGUUCAGUCAUCCCGACCGAGUUCGAGUACGAGUUCGCCUCCCACUUCCGGUCGCUUCCGGAAAAUGCUGAGCCAGGUGUUGCCAAAACAGAGCACGAUUGGCAAGUUUUAGACUGUGUUAUUAUCGGAAAAUCAACCACAACAAACCGGUCGAUUCUCAUUGGAAUCGGUUUUGGUUUCUCGCACAGUUCAAUAAUAAAACUGAAACAACAAGAAAAGCUGCUAGUGUGAAGUGAAAUCGACCGUCAAAUUUGCUGACAGGAAGCCGAGCCUGUGUAAAUUGGUCAAAGGUUUAUAUAUAUAUUUUCAAACCAGCACGGGUAUAACAGUGAAGUGCGAGAAGAACCCACUGCAGAUAGGAGAGUUCACGUUGGGAAAAACACUGCACAGGUUUAUCUGCUGAGUGUUUUCCCCGUAGCCAAUACAAAACCAGCCAGGCUGAGACUGUGUGCGUGGUUCAGUGCCAGCCGACAGGACCUUCUCCAUCUGGUUGGUGCCAGGCCAAGGUGUGUCUGUGUGUUGCAUUGCAGCCCCGUUUUGUUUUGGCCCGUCACUACAAGAGUGCAAAUUGUCUAGCCUGGUCUAGUCUAGCUCUGGUGGCAUUGCCGUAUCGAAAUCGAGCUACCGACCGACCUGCCAAGGCUGACUGUGUUUCCGGCACCCGUGUGGACAUCUCUCGUGCGAGGGAAAUUGUGCUAUCCGAUUCGGAUACUGCUGUGCGGACGGUGCUAAAAGAAGGUAUUAAUCUAGGUGAUUAAUUCUGUUAGUGAAAAGUUUUGUAACUGUGUGUGAAGUUUUUGGAGAAAAGUUUCCCGACGGUGGGCAGCAUUUCAUUUUGCGGUGAAAUUCGUGGAAGUCACGGUCCUUUCUGUACCACUGCGUGGUUGAUUGACUGACAGGGUGCGGCAUACAGUUCGGUCCCGAGGAAAAGUUCUGAUAAAUCGAUCCGACUGUCAGUUCAAAGGUGAAACAAUUUUCCAUCCAUGCCAAUUUAAUCUUCAAAAGGAGACGAACUAUAACGUCAUCUCGAUGUCUGAAGUCAGCUGCAGAAUAACCUGCCCCGACAGGCCACCCUCGGAAGGACCUUGCAACUGAGCAAAUCGCGCUUUUAGUAACAUAUUUACCUAUCGCUUGGUCCGCGUGUCUGUGGUGCUACAUCCACUGACCUGCAACGCCUGCCAGACGCCACCACGGCAUCGUUUCGCCAUUCCGUAGAAAGAUGAUAAAAUCCUACAAACUGUACCUGACCCUGCUGAUCAGUUCGGUUUUCGUAAUUCUGUGUCAAAACCAGAUCUCAAUAGCAAAUUUUGUUAGCUCCUCGUCGGCUGCCAUAGUUGGUGGAAAUGGCCUUGGAACCAUCGACCAAGCGCCCGCCGUAGCUGAGGCACUGAUCGACCUAGCGGGUGUCGACCGAGGUCCGGGAGCCAUAGUCGACAAAAUUCGAUCCCGGAGUCUCACGUUCAAUGACGUCCGCCCCGGACCGGGAACGAAAUCGACGGAUCGUACAACAACCACACUAGGAAGCAGCAGUAGUAGCAGCACCAGUAUUAGUACUAGCACCGCUAGUACCACAACGAGCACAAGCACGAGUACCAGCACUACUACGUCCACAACCACCACCACCACCACUGUAGCGACGAGUUUCGACUCGGUACCCCAUGAACAAUCAACUAGAAGUAAUGAAAUACCCUUCAAGUUUCCGGUGGACACCCGGCUGCUGCCACCGCUGUACAUCAUCACGCCCACAUAUCGCCGUCCGGAGCAGUUGGCGGAAAUCACACGGCUCGGUUACACCCUGAAACACGUGCAGAACCUGUUCUGGCUGAUUGUGGAGGAUGCCGACAACCAAACCGAAGCCGUGACAAGACUGCUGAAGCAAAUCAAUGUGCCAUUUAUUCAUCUCACUGCUCCGAUGCCAGCCAAAUAUCGCAAGAUGAAGGUAAAACCCCGCGGGGUAUCAAACCGCAACCGAGGGCUGCAGUGGAUUCGGGCAAACGCUACCGAAGGCGUAUUCUACUUUGCGGACGAUGAUAACACGUACAAUUUGGAAAUUUUUGAACAGAUGCGGCACAUCCGUAAGGUAGGCAUGUGGCCUGUCGGUUUGAUUUCCAAGUACGGCGUGAGCAGUCCGAUCGUUGUCAAUGGAACCAUCACUGGAUUCUACGACGGCUGGAUCGGCGGGCGGAAGUAUCCGAUUGACAUGGCCGGAUUCGCAACCAGCGUUAAGUUUUUGCUGUCCCGGCCGAAGGCGGAGAUGCCCUUCAAGGCUGGCUACGAGGAGGAUGGCUUUCUGCGAAGUUUAGAUCCGUUGGAUCUCAAGGAGAUCGAUCUGCUAGCGAGCAACUGUACAGAGAUACUCACGUGGCACACACAGUCCAAGAAGAAUCCUUCGGCGACGGCGCUAAACUUGACGAAAUACGGUUCUACCAACCUGGUGAAGCUAACUCAAUAUUUAGUCUGAAGAAAUCGAACCAGAACGCAGGUUUUGUCUUACAUUUGUAAAAACAAAAAUGUUUUGCCAUAACGAAUCAAUCCCAAUCAACAACGGAUCCGAGAGAGGGAAAAAUUUCUCAAGGUGCUAUGUUUGAAUUCAACUCGAAAACUGGUGAACAAACCUUUUUCCAAGAUUGAUAAUAUUCAGCCAAUAUUUUUUGCGUUCUAAAAUAACAAUGAAUUUGUUAGUAAGUAAACGAUAACUAAAAACUAAAGUUUUAGGGGUACUUAAGGCGAAGGCGAAUGUCAACAAAGAGUGUAAGCAAGGUUUUGAGAUUGGUUUCAAGCGACUCGGAAUCCCCCCAAGAAGACAGACAUUCAGUCCAAAUGAACAAGUUUAAUUGUAUUAUACAAACCUUAGAUAGGAAAUAUACCAAAAAAUAGACCCUGAAGAUAAGUUUUAAUUCAGAUAUUCUACUUCCAUUGCCGAUAGCUAAGCGCGUGAAUUGAACUUAUAGAUUGUAUCCUAAUUGAGAAGUUUCCUUCUUGUUGUAAAUAUUUUAUGUGUUCCUUACUUACAAAUCGUUUGCUAGAUAUUUCUAUUGGGGCGCUCAGAUCGAACAAUGAACCAGUUACGAUCAGAUCUUAUCACACAAAAUAACAAAAUUCUUAGAUAGUUUUAGCUACUCAAUUUUUUUAAACAUCAAUGUCAUGUAAAUAGGGAUACUGUAAACAAAAUAUACUACUAUCAGGAACAUUUUUUUCAUAUCUACAUAACAUUCUUUGUUUUCGAUUAAAUGUACCUAGCUAUAUUCCAAAGAAUGAAACGAAUGCAUAUUGUGAAGAAUCUCUUGAAAAAAAAAAGAACGAGAGGUGAAUAUCAUUAGACCAGUUGCGACAGUUUGACUGACCGGAAAAUAAAUAAGAACGAACGAUGACAAAAAAUGCUCACAAGUAUUCCUAUAAUUACCAUUAUAGCUAGUAAUAUCCACCAGUUCAAGAUAAAGUGAACUGUUCAAACACAUGUGACCGCAAUGAGUGAUGCAAAACGAAAAGGAACGCAAUCGAGAUAAAUCCAAAACGAGCUUUUCCAAAGGAGAAAACAUAUACCAUUAUAAAUUAACUAACUUACAAUAAAAAACGUUAUCAUCUUCGAUUACAGGUUCACUGUUUAUCAUUACAUUGUAGUGCGUUUCUAAUAUUAGUUCAAAACUAUAUUUUUAAACUCAAAGUUGUAUAACAUAGAUAGCCUUUUCGCUGCAACCCACGAACAACAAGACAUAAAUUCUUUGUUAGAUAUCAUUUCAAUCUAAUCUGUUCUUUGCUGAUACUUCUUUCGAUAGUAUUUCCUAAGCUGAACAACUUUACAAUAAUUAAAAUAUCAAUAAAUGAUAUUUUGGUAAACGAUGAA